AUGGUGUACUUGCACGUAUGUUUGUUGCAUGAAUCUCAGUCAGCUUUGGCGUUGGUAGACCGUGGAUGCAGUUAUAUAAACCUUGUAAACAUGAUUAUGUCAGAGUUCAGCUUGGAUCCAACCAAGGUAGCAGUAUCAUUGAAGUAUAUACUCAAUGACGAUUUGCCUGCAAUCAGGAUAAAAAAUGAUAGCAACGUGCUUGCAUACAUUUUGUUGAAAGAAGUCGAUCAUGAUCCAGCUAAAUACCCAUUAAUCAUUGACAUAAUUGAUGCAACAAUACAGUACCCGUCUGACAUGGUCACAGAUAAUGCUUAUCGUAACAGUGAGCUUUAUACGUUGCAGGAUGUGGCCACAGAAAUUUGCGAAGCAUCAAGUAAACAUUUAGGUCACAUUUGUGACAAUGAAGUCACGAUUAUUUCUAUAGCAGAUGCUAUUCAGGUCGAAGAAGGCAGGAUUUUCCGUGAUAAGGAUAUUUUAAAAUUGAGCCUAUCGUUUUUUGCCAUACGAAACAUGUUUGAGUUUAUGGUUGAACGAUCCGACAAGAAAGAAUAUGUGGUGAGGUGUUCUCAUGAAGGAUGUACUUGGAUAUGCCGAUCGUCAAAAUGGGGUGAAACGAAUCUAUUUAAGAUUCGAAAGAUUGGUAGUCACACAUGUGCAUCAAAUGUGGUGUUGGGGUCACACAGACAAGUAUCAGCUGCAGUUGUGUCAUCUAGCAUCAAGUACAAGUACACAUCGGCUGGCACCAUAUACGUACCAAAGGACAUAAGCAGUGAUAUGCUAUAUACGUUUGGAGUAUAUUUGAAUUACUCAAAAGCUUGGAGGUCUCGUGAACAAACAUUGAAGAUGAUUAGGGGUGAUCCGACGGAAUCAUUCGGUAGGAUACCAAGCUUCUUCUACAUAGUUCGACAAAGAAAUCCUGGUACGGUCACAGAGUUGGAGGGGUGGCAACAUUGUAGGCCCGUAAUUGUCGUUGACGGUACUUAUUUGAAUGGUCAUUACGGAGGUACCCUAUUCACAGCAUGUACACAGGAUGCAAAUAAUGACAUAUUUGUUCUUGCCUUUGGAGUAGGGGAUAAUGAGAACGACAAAUCGUGGAGAUGGUUUUUGGAGAAACUGAAGAAUGCAUAUGGGCACAGAGAAGGAUUGUGUUUUAAUCUCAAAUCAUAUUAUGGGAAAUCAGGGCAAAAUAUUACGCAGGCUUUCAAUUCGGCUGUCCGGGCUUACACAUUAGAAGAAUUUGAAUACAACAUGCAACAACUAGACGCAAUGAAUGAUAAGAUUCGUGAUUACCUGGAUGAAGUAGGCCCUGAAAAGUGGUCAUGA